AUGGACUUGAAUUUUCCGUUUGGAACCCCACUCGUGGGCCACUUGGACUCUGUGCUGGAUCUGAGCUUCAGCAAGGUUUGCGAUAGCGGCUUCUACUUGGCCUCCAGGGCAGUGCGUGGAGUGUCCGUGAGUGAGAAUGCCACGAUUGUGGCGACUGGCAGUGAUGAUUGCAGCGCCCGCAUUUGGAGUGUCUCCAGUGGCCAUGAACUGACGAAGUUCCGGCAUACCCAGAAAGUGUCAAGUUUGGCGCUGGACACUGGGUCGGAGCGCAUGCUUACCAGCAGCCAGGAGCGCGAAAGCAAGAUCUGUGUGCGCAACGUGAUCUUCUGCCGUGACGAUCGCUCGUUUCUCGCCUCGUCCUACGACCGCCACAUCGAGCUGUGGGACAUUUUGAGUGGCCAGAGAAGCCACAACAUACACGGGCAUCAUAAGAUGCCGUUCAAGGUGAUAGGCGCAUCGCUGCAUCCACAGAAGAAUAGCUUUGUGUGUGCCAGCUUGGAAGGAAAGAUUCUAAAGUUUAAUUACGACACAGGCGAGCAAGAAGAUCGAUUUAGGGCCCACUUGCAAAUGGGGCACAACAUUAGCGGCAUCAAGUACAGUCCCGACGGCGAGAUGUAUGUCAGCUCGUCGACCGAUGGCCAGAUCACACUCUGGUCGCAGUCAUCUGGGAACCGGAAUAGUGAUGAGGACUCCAUUGCUUCGUACAGUUCUGACAGUAGAGACGACUUACUGGACGAGGGAGAUGGAUACAGUGAAGAAGAAGACUACGAUUAG